CAGCAAGGUAUCAUUCAGAAUAGACGCUUAGAAUGCUUUUAAAAUUUCCUUUAGUUAUAUUUUUUAUUUUGAUAAAACUUUUCCUGUUGGUGAAAUGUUCAAAGAAUGAAAGAAAAAUCCAAUAUUAUGAAAAUAUAAUUGAUGCAAAUGAAAAAUUGAUCCAAAAAUUUCAUUAUCCCAGUGAUGCCAGUCAAUAUAGACCAACAAAUAAUAAUAUAAAAGAUUAUGGAACAUUUGACUUUAUAAUAAUCGGAUCAGGUUCAGCAGGAUCAGUUAUAGCCAAUAGGCUAACCGAAAUGAAAAACUUUACGGUACUUUUAGUGGAAGCUGGUGGAUUUGCAAAUGAUUUUGUUAGAAUUCCCGCUAAAUGUGGAGAUGUAUUACUAUUGAAUGAAUUUAAUUGGUUUUACAGGACGGUACCACAAACCACCAGUUGCCUGGGUAUGAUUGACCAGAGGUGUCCUUACAGCCGUGGUAAAGGCAUUGGAGGUUCCUCCCUGGUCAAUGGUAUGGUUUAUUCCCAUGGGUUUUCAGAUAAUUACGAUAAAAUGGCUAUAGAUAACCCUGGAUGGUCCUAUGAGGAAGUGUUGCCAUAUUUUAAAAAAUUGGAACGUUUCAAAAAAAACGUGGAUGAUGUUAAAGUUGAUUUUGCGUACCAUGGAUAUAAGGGACCUGUUAGUGUGGAGUACUUCCCUACGAAUAGACAUUUCACCGAUCUUUUCAUAAAAGCCGCGAAAAGCUCAGGCUACAAAUCCGUAGACUACAAUGGCUGCAGUCCUUUUGGAGCUUCGAAAUCUCAAGCAGUCCAUAAAAAGGGCCAACGCUGGGAUGCUGGUAGAGCCUACAUAGAACCCAUUCUACACAGACCAAAUCUGAAUAUUUCCACGCACAGCCACGCAACAAAAAUCCUCAUAAAUAACGUAACAAAAACAGCUUACGGAGUUGAAUUUAGCAAAAAUGGUCAACUUUAUACAGCUACAGCUACCAAAGAAGUUAUACUUAGUGCUGGUACUAUUGGGUCAGCUCAAAUAUUGCUCCAGAGUGGCAUUGGACCUAAAGAUCAUUUGGAUGAAGUCGAUAUUCCUGUUAUUCAUGAUUUAGAGGUUGGCAGUAAGUUUAGAGAUCAACCUGGAAUGUAUGGAUUGUAUUUUAUCACCAACUAUACGGACCCAAACGUGAUAAAAAGCCAACGGAAAAAAUUAAAGGAAUAUGUCAAAGGUUAUGGAUUACUGGCUGCUUCAGGAAGUGAUGCUUUGAUAUUUUCACGUUUAAAUAAGGAUUCACCUCAUCCAGAAAUUGAAAUAGAACAUACUUACAUGGACCCAACAGAGACUUACAGAAAAACUUUCUAUUAUAAUGAUGAAACUUGGAAUGCUAUCUGGAAUGGAACCGGCGAUGGUUCUAGAGUGUUUACGUUCCAAACUAUAUUGCUUUAUUCAAAAUCUACUGGUACUAUAAGGCUAAAAAGUAAUGAUCCUUAUGAUUAUCCUUUGAUUGAUCCAAAUCAACUUUCGGACCCAGAAGAUUUAGAAGAACUCUACAGAGGAGUAAAAUUGGCUUUAAAACUCAUUGAAACCCCACCCUUCAAAAGUGUAGACACAAAAUUCAUCAAUAGGCCUCUACCAGCAUGUAAUGGCCAUAAAUAUUUAUCCAAAAAAUAUUGGUUCUGUUAUAUUAGACAUACUUCUACUCCUGACAACCAUUUUCAAGGUUCAAAUCCCAUGGGUCCAGAUCCAGCUAAAGGGGCUGUAGUAGACUCAAGAUGUAGAGUACAUGGUAUCAAGAAUUUACGGGUAGCUGAUGCUAGCAUUUUCCCCUUUUUGGUAGCCAACCACCCCAACGCACCCUGUAUGAUGGUUGGAGAAAAAGUCAGCGAUUUCAUUAAGGAGGACAUUCAUUUCAAAUAAAAAUUGUAUUGUUUGGAUCGCAA